AUGUCCGACUUCAAGCCUGGAGUCCGCACUGGAUUGCAACGAAGGGACGAGUACCGAGCCAAGGUUGAACAAGACCCAGACCGUUUACGACAUGAAUCUCGAAACGAUAUCAUGGCUUUAGGUGGCAUCGAUAUGACCGACCGUGCCCUCGCCAUGCCGAAGUCUUUAAGACAAAAUGAAGUCAUCGACGCUGCUGAAGCUGAAAAAUGGCGUUUUGGCUUUACAUCUACGGAAAUUACUUUACCAGACAAAAGCCCAGAUUAUGGCAAAGAGUGGUGGAGCAUGUACAGCGCUUACAUCAGAGCCAGAUCGAUGUUGGUGUAA